AAUGUCAAAAAUUCUGAACCGUCAUCCAUUGCAACGAGUCGGUAUUUUUAUGUGUUUAAUUUUAUUAAGACAAUAAACUACAAUAAUCGUUAGCAUGUCGGCUAAUAAGGAGGACACAUUACGACAGUUUUGUGACGUGACCGGCGCUGAUGAAACUCGCAGUCGUUUCUUUUUGGAAUCGUCGAAUUGGCAGCUUGACGUAGCGUUAUCUAGUUUCUAUGAGCACGGAGGUAGUGUAGACGAGGCGCCUAUACCUACGGUUGCUCCGGCGUCGCUGCCGACACUGUCCGACAGCGACAUGGAGUCCCCGCCGGCGUCGCCGGUGCGACAGAAGAAGGAGAAAAAGAAGCCCACUGGCAACUUCGCGACGUUAGGGUCGCUCCAGCAGGAGAGUUCCAGUGAUGAAGAUGAAGGGCAAGCAUUCUAUGCCGGCGGGUCCGAAAGGUCUGGCCAACAGAUCAUUGGCCCAGGCAAGAACCGGAAAGACAUAGUCACUGAGAUGUUCAAAAGUGUCAGAGAACGUGGGGCCGUGGUGUUUGAAGACGAGCCAACAACGGCCAACCGGGGCCGCGGUGGCGCCUUCAGCGGUACUGGCUACAGACUUGGACAGACAUCAGAUGAUCACGAGCCAGUGUCGGCGCCGGGCGCGCAGUCGCAAGGGGAAGACAUCCGCGCCGUGCGCCUGCGCCUGUAUAGAGAGGGCUUUACCGUGGACGACGGCCCCGUGCGCUCCUACACUGACCCGGAGCAUGCCGAGUUCUUAGACAGCAUACGCCGCGGGGAGAUUCCAGCGAGUCUCGGCGGCGCAGGCGCGGUGCGGGUGUCGCUGGAGGACCGGCGCCACGAGCCCGCGCCCGCGGUCAAGUCGCAGGUGUUCGCCGGCAAGGGCCAGAUGCUCGGCAGUCCGACGCCGCCCGUGGUGGGUGCUCCAGCCGCGGCGGGGACGCCGGCCGCGGCGGCCGCCGACCGCGACGCCAACACGCGCGCCGCGCAGGCCGCCGUGCAGCUCGACCCCUCCCAGCCCGCCACCUCCAUACAGUUCCGGCUAGCGGACGGCAGCCGCGUGGCGGGCCGCUUCAACCUGUCGCACACGGUGGCGGACCUGCGGCAGUUCGUGGCGCGCGCCGAGCCCGCCUACCAGGCGCGGCCCUUCCUGCUGCUCACCUCCUACCCCUCCGCCGAGCUGGCCGACGCCGCCGCCACCGUGCAGCAGGCCAACCUCGCCAACAGCACGCUGCUGCAGAGGCUCAAGUAAACACUUACACCAUCACACUUCAUACAUACAUAUAAUCACGCCUAUUUCCCGGAGGGGUAGUGGUAUCGUCUUGGGUCGUCCCAUUCGUUUUUCGUCAAGUUCUUAAAUUAGUCCUAUUCUGCUUUCGUCACUCAUUCUACAUUCGUCACAAUCGUCGGUGGCUUUCAAAGUAGAAUGAGUGACGAAAGCAGAAUAGGACUAAUUUAAGAACUUGACGAAAAACGAAUGGGACGACCCAAGACGAUACCACAGGCCACACCCGGUAUACAACACCGUUUUUUGUGUCAAUUAAAUGAGGUAAAUCAUUUAAUCUCAGCAGGUAUGCUUAGCGUGGUGGAAAUAGAUAAUGAAUCUUUAACCCUUUUCCAGGCCGCACCAAUCUAUAAGGUUUUCUCAAAAAAUGCAAAUAUAUUCUAACUGGCCAGUUUUGAUUUGAAGACGUCACAUUUUCUAAAAGUGCAAUCUAAUUUGAACCUUAAAUCGGACUACUAAGGUUGACAUUCUAUUGGCGCAUAUGUGCUCGAUAAAUCAUACUGUGCCUGGAAAAGGGUUCAUUACGGUAAAUUAUAAUACCAGUUCGCCAGAUUUAUCCUACCAAACAAUUUAUCCUAAAGGCAGGCAUGCCAUGCCUGUCACGUUCUAACAAGUAUGUAAGUGUGAAAGUGACCGGCAUAGUCACAAGCAAUAAAAAUGCAACCAUGCUGCCACCGCAAGGUUAGACGUUUUAAAAGUUAGUAAAAAGGCUUUUAGGACAAAUAGUUAUGUGAUAGCUAUAUAGUACAGCCAAGUGUUAAAAAAUAUGGGUGUACACAUACUCAAAAAUAUGUCCCAUAGCUUCGUCGAGUGACAAGCAAAAGUCACUAAGUACUAUCAAAAAAUCAAAGUAACAAUGCACUUUAUUACACUUGUAACACGGUUUAUUGUCCAAUAAUUUCAAUGGUGUUAGUUAGUGACUUUUGCUUGUCACCCGACGUUAUGUCAGCGAAUUAAGAACUAUGGGAUAUAUUCUUGAGAAGUUACAUGCACCCAUAUUUUUACACGUGACCGUACUAAAUACUACGUACACGUACUCCUUUGUGGCUGUGUACUUCGAGCUUUUUUUCUUCAUUUUAACUGAACUGAUUGUUUUAAGGGAUUCAUAAUUUUAUGAAAAUAUAACAAUCCUAUUUAGAAUUAUGGUUUUAGUUGAAUAAUAGUUUAGAGUGCAAAUGUAUCUCUAGCCCGCCACAUAUUACACAUUUACAUAUCUUUACUUACCUAUGUUAUUUUGUUAAUAUUUAUGCGUAUUCUAAAAAUUAAUAAAAUUCAUAAAUGUAAAAAUAGUGGUCGCCAAAAAUGUUAACAGCUUUACUCCUAAACUAAUGCAUAAAUCAAAUAAUUAUUUGUUAGCGUUCAUAUUCACUUUCUAAAGAUUUGAAAUCAUGUAUAAUAAUUUAGUACAGAUCAGUUUACAUCAUUGGCGACUUCUAUUCAUUCAGGGGAAUCGCGUUAAAGCGUGUCGCGACGCCAUUUUGUAAGCACGGGAUGCACAAGAUGGUCGACGCCGUUUCUUAAACCAAAAGCUGUAACGAAAUGAUAUUUUUAUAUAGCGUGUAUUAUAAAAGUGAUUGCUAGAAUGACGUGCAACGUAUGAAAUGUACUAAAUGAAGCGCCCAUGUAAAGAUUUUUUAAAUAAAUCUUUGUCUAAACACUAUUUUUUUGACACUUCAUGCGUUCAAAUCAAACCCUUUAGACGCAAUUAACCCUUAAACAAGUCGUGAGAUGUUGUCAUAGCGCUAAGAACGCCUAUGGCGUAGACUGUGAAAAUAACAUUUUCACCACACCAGCUCGGAAAGGCUUACUUUGCACUUCAAAAACGGAUAGCAUAGUGGCACUUUGCUACUAUUAGUAAUUCACAUGUGAGGCAAAGUAAUCAAAUGCAAAUUUUGAGUGGUUUUAACAUAAGUGUUUUCUGGUAGAAUUGACUUUUAAAUGAUGAUUUUAGUGUCAAAAAAAUGUUUUUUUAUUAUACAUAAUAUACAUUUUUAUGUUACAAUUACUUACACCAAAUUUUGAUUUUGGUUCAUUUGAAUUUGAUUUGGUUUGAUUUUGUUUGAUAUUUUAAAUUUAUAUUUGCUUCGGGCUGGUGUGGUGAAAAAUUUUGUGUUUCACUCGGGGGCAAAUUUUGUUUAACCCUCGCGCUUUCAAAACUUCGCAACGCUCAAGAUUCCAUUUUUCGAACCUUUCGCUUGCUCGGGUAUUAAUAUUAGCACGAGCGGCCCCCUUGUAAAACAAAUAACUAUUACUCUGCGAUUUGCUUCAAGGUUCUUUUACUAAUCACGUUGGCGUGUGAGUCACAUUUUUAGUUGAUAAACAGUUCAAAAUGAUAAAUAGAAAAAAAAAAAGAAAUAAUAUUGCCGUAGACUCAGACGGAUGUAAAGCCAAACUUCGCUUAUUUUUAUAAUAAAAAUAGAUUGGUUCAUCGGAUCUAUUUUACAAUAAAAGAAUGCUCAAUGCGAUGAAAAAUACGAAUAGAUUUAACAAAAAUCUAGUACCCAGAGGUAUCCAGUUUUGAGUGACCAAGUGGCUUAUUACUUGGUUUGAGCAACUUUGUUUUGUACUGUAGAGUGUAGCAAUAGUCUAAACGUCUUGUAAUAUAGGAAAUUUCUAUCAGUGAGCUAAUGUGUAAGAAAGAUUUAUAUUUCGCAUUUCAAGCCUUAACCCUUGCGAUGCCAAGAAUAAAGCUUAAGUUAAGCCCACUAUGCGUUGAACGUUUAAGUAUUAUGACGUAGGUACGCUGUAAAUGUAAUCUUCAGAGUGUUCAAAUAAGGUUUAUAUUGGCUCGCUUGCCCUACUAUUUUAGCGUGUGAGUGACGAAUGGCGUUCAAUGGGCUAAUGCAUUUUAUAAAGUGUUCUUAUAUUAAUAAAAUUCAAAAUACCGAAAACGUUUUUUAAUUUAAAUAAAAUAAUUUACAACCAAAACUAGAAUAGAGGCCUAUACUAACCCUAAUUACCCGUUAGAUUUUAACCAAUAACCUAGAUUUUACCUAAUGUCGGCGAAUACUCUUAAAAAAACGUAGAAAAAUAAA